AUGACGGAAAAGUGCAUUUUUGUUGGAAAAAUGGCCGGAAAAGGUCCCACCCCUAUGCAAAACCCUUCUCAAGUAGCUGACCCUAUAGAAUCCCCUUCUCAAGCAGCUAGCCUUACUCAAAGCUUUUUUAAGGCGCCAUCCCUAUUCAAACCCCUUCUCAAGCAGCCAACCCUAAACAACCCUUUAUCCAAGGCGCCACCCCUAUGGAAACCCCUUCUCAAGCAACCAACCCUACUCAAUCCUGUUUUCAAGGCGCCAUCCCUAUAG